GUCAAUAAUAACCUACAUCCGCCCUUGUUUGAGGGGUUUCUCGUCUAAGCAAUGGAGAACAAGUUGCGUUCCGAGGACGAAAAGAGAUUCCUCGAUGCUUUCUUUGAAUUAAUCGCCGACGGAAAGAACUCUGAAACUGCCCGACAUAUCUUAAAGAAGAGUUCAUUCUAUAACGAGGAAACAUACUGGAACCUUGAGGACGCUAUGCAGCUUUGUUACCCUCAGAUACCAGAGUUGACAAUUGAGGAAGAUAUUCCGCCAAUGUCGUCCAAUGAUGACGUGCCUCCGCAAUCUUUCGGGGCUAUGACGGAGGGAAUUUGGGGACCAGAUGAGGGUGAUUUCUCACCCUCAACAUCCGCUCCUAAGCGCAGCUUGGCCUCAUUGUACCGUCCUCCUUUUCAUCUGAUGUUUCAUGGCUCUUUUGAACAAGCAAAAGCUACUUCGGCUUCUCAGAAUAAAUGGCUUCUCGUCAACCUCCAAUCUACCACGGAAUUCACUUCUCAUUUGUUAAAUCGAGAUACUUGGGCGGAUGAGACUGUUUCUAAGACUAUCAAAAACCACUUCAUCUUCUGGCAGGUCGAUGUUGAUUCAGCAGAAGGAAGAAAGGUUUGCACAUACUACAAGCUUGAUUCCAUUACCUUGGUGCUUGUUAUCAAUCCAACCACUGGUCAAGCUAUGAAAAAGUGGUUUGGAAUGGUCACACCCGAGUGGUCUGGAAUGGUCACACCCAAGUGGUGUGGAAUGGCACAACCCGAGGCUUUGCUAGUGUUCUUAUAUCCGUUCAUGGACCAUGGUCCUCCUGAACACUUUUCUUCUCUCGCAAAGAAACAGCCAAUACGAUCAUUAGCUGCUUUCUUUGAUGAUUACAACAUGGAAGAGACUUCAGAUGACCAAUCAUUGUUAUCGACUGAAGAAGUAUUGCUGCUGCCAACAUUGCCACCUCUUCCAGAAGAACCAAAUAGAGGCAAUUUCAGCGCGAAUUGCGGAGUUGGAAUCGAUUUACCCAACGGAGAAAGAAUCAUGAGGUAUUUCCUCAAAACGGAUACAAUCAAGCUUCUCUGGUCUUUCUGCUACUCUCGUCUUAAGAAAUCAGAGAGGAAGAAGCCAUUGAAGCUAACACGAGUGAUUCCAGGUCAAUUUAAGACAACUACAUUGGAGUAUGAAUCUAACUUAACCUUGGAGCAAUCUGGUGUUGCCAAUUCUCUUGUCUUUGCUACAUGGCAAUGAAAAAUCUUAUCUCAUCUAUAAAACUAUCAGUUAUGU